UUGAGACCCAGCGGCGGUGUCCGCUGUUGGGUCGCAUGCGCAGUAGGAGGAUCUGGCGGAUGAACGCUGGUGAGAGAGAAGAGGAGAUGGGCCCGGUUGUCGGCGUGGCAUUGAGGAAGUCCGGAUGUUUAAGUGACAUCGCGAGAGAUCUUAAGGUCGUGUUGGUCUCUCCGCGGCGCCCAUUUCAACACUGCAAUUACCCAACAAUUUCGAGGCGUCCCCGGGACCUUUUGCAAGGCGACGAACGCAAUGCACCAGCCGGUUGAAGACUGCAAAUUUAGUGACUGAAAAGGGCCCGAAUAUCUCUCUCGGCGGGUUGGUUUGGAAUUUGGGAGUGAAACGGAAAAUGGAAAAAAGCCUCGGCUCUCUUCAGCUGUUCGCCCUACCUGUCAGCAAGCUGGCUUCUUGGACAGCAGCUGUAGCAAUGGUGUUUGGUGGUGUCUUGCCUUAUAUUCCUCAAUAUAGGGACAUUAAACGUACCCAGAAUGCAGAGGGAUUCUCCAUCUACGUUUGUCUGGUGUUACUUGUGGCCAAUAUAUUAAGAAUAUUGUUUUGGUUUGGAAGGUACUUUGAGCCACCCCUCUUGUUACAAAGUAUUAUCAUGAUCAUUACCAUGUUAGUGAUGUUGAAGCUAUGUACAGCUGUCCGAAUGACCAAUGAACUCACGACACGACGCCGUGCCUUUUCAGACAGUAAAGAUGAAGAAAUCAAAACUCCUAGGAAGUUCUUUCUGGACUUUGAUCUACAAUACUUCUGGCUGUGGAGCAGAUUUAUUGAUUAUAUCCAGUGUGUAUUGGCUUUCACUGUUGUUGCUGCAUAUAUAACCUACCUCCUUAUUGACUCUUCACUCUUUGUGGAAAUGCUUGGUUUCUUCGCUGUCUUUACUGAAGCCAUGCUGGGCACACCACAGUUGUAUCGCAACUAUGAGAACAAAUCCACAGAAGGAAUGAGUAUCACAAUGGUGUUGAUGUGGGCGAGCGGCGACACUUUCAAGACUGCUUACUUCAUUCUGAACCAGGCACCUUUCCAGUUCUGGAUAUGUGGAUUGCUCCAAGUUUGUGUCGAUAUUACUAUUCUCUUUCAAGCUUACUACUACGACCGUUACCCUCAGAAACCAUCUUCUCACACUGUCCCUUCCACAAGCACCAAGGCACUUUAAUUGCAAUGCCAUUCAACAGGAGCACCAAAUGAUCAAAUCUUGGAAAGGGUGGCAAAUUGAACCAGUGUCAAUAACUUAAUAUUGGUUCUCAGGAUUCUGGAAGAAUAUCAAAGUUGCUUUCAAGUAAAGAGGUUUACAUGGUUAAACUAUUGUCGGAAUGUCUUUGAUUAUUUAUAUAUUCUAUUAUGCUUAAUUCAACCAUUGUCUUUAGAUCAGUUUACCUAAAUGCCUUACCAUAUGAACUGUUUCUGGAACAUUUUCAUUUUCUGGGGCUUUUUUCCAAUGGUGUUUUGUAUGUCUUACUUUGUGAUAGUAUUGUGAUCUUCUGAGAACCAGUUUUUGUUAAAUCUUUUGCAUACAUCCAAAGAGAGUCUUGCAUUAAGGACCCACUUUUAAAAAUAAAUCUUUUGAUUCAUUUUCACAUUUUCUUUUAAUGUGACCACCAUUUCCACUUUCUUCUUAAACAGCCAAAAGGAGACACACGUAAAAGAAAUCUCUGUGAUAGUGGGAAGGCACUGAAGUCACAUUCACACUUGUUAUGUCCAUGUGAUCUGAGUUAAUUUAUCAGUAACUAGUUAAAACUGGACCCACAAAAAUCAUAUGUACCCUCCAGAGGUAUUGUGGAGAACUGGGAGCCAAUUUCAUUUGAUUAUGAUUGGAUGCUACAGUGAUAUUGUCCAUUGGAACUGGGCACUCUGUGGAGUGAAAGAGAAAGGUUGCACAUUAAUUUUGUGCUUGGGAUCCCCCCCCCCCCCCACAACAGAUCACACCAGGUGCUUAUCCAGGGUGAAGUCUGAGGGCCUCUUAGAACAGCUUUGGAACAACAUUGGCUAAAGACUGGGGCAGCUAAGAUAUUUGCUCAGACAUGAAUGAUAGGAGAUCACAGGAGAAGAAGAAGAAAAAGCACAAAAAAUAUUGUACAGAUAUACUCAGCAAUGAAAUAAAGUUAAUUAUGAUCACUUUUCAUUUUGAUAAAAAUGGUAAUGGAAGUGAGAAUUGCUUUUAACAAAAUACAUUUACUCUUUCAAUGCACUCAAUAAUGCUGACUCUAUUUUCCCUUUUAGAUUUAUUGGCAUAUUAUGUUCACACAUUAAUUUUGUGUAGUAGUGUAGUGAUCAUUCUUAAACACAGAUGACCUAGUUUGCUUCUCAUCUGCCCCACCUCUUGGUGUUCGCAUCGGCACUUAAGUCUGCCUACAUUUUACAGAGGAUCUGUUUAAGUAAAUAACACUGUUUCAGGAAAGCAUUUAUAUAUAUGAAACUCAACUAUAAUCCAUUUUGGAUGCAUGUCCAGUUGGUGCUUCCUGUGCCGUUCUUCAUUCCAAAUGACUCAGUCCAUGUGUUACAUUAUUUUCUUUAUUUUCCCAUUUGGGGAACCUCCUGGUACCAUCAUUUGCUUUCCCCACCCCAUGGUAGUUCUUCAUCCCAAUUAGACUGUGUGGGAAUUACAAGGGUAGUCUUCUCACUCAGCACUCUGAAACAGCCAUCUGAGCCACAGGCAAGGUUUUACCAGUCUGAAUGUAGUUGAAUAAUCUAAUCCUUUUCCUACAAAGAAAGGUCAGUAUGAUCACACUGAUUGCUGAAUUAAAUCGAUCUUCUUUCCUGAAUACUUUGAAUGAGGACUUGGUACCAAUGAAUACCCACUCCUCAGCGUUUGAGUGGAAAUGUGAUAUUACAAUCCUGUGUUUUUAAUAAGCAUUUAACCAACCUCCUUUCAUUCACUUAAACUGUUGAAUGGGGUUCUGAUCAUUAUGUGUUAAUCUGAAUCAGUUUUUGUGUGAAUAAUUGUAUUACAGUUAAUUGUUCUGCAUUCACAGGAUUCCAGCAAUCUGUGAAAUUGUAUUUUUGCAGACUGAAUUUAAACUGUCACCAGCUAAUUUACAAUGGCUGGAAGAAAUUUCACCAAGAUGUGUAAAUAGGUUGAGUAAAGCUGUUACGGAACUACUCCAUUGGGUGACCUACCUUAGGCUAUGCACAGAACAAAUGAGAGUUGUACCUUGAAAGGUUCUUUAUAAUUUCAGAAUCAGAUUUAUUAUCACUAAGAUGAUGUGAAAUUUGUUGUUUCGCGAAGACAUAAAAUCACCAUAAAUUACAAAUAGUGCAAAAAAAGGAAUAACAAGGUAGUGUUCAUGGUUUUGUGGAUAGAGGAGGGGAAGAAGCUGUUUCUGAAUUGUUGAGUGGGGGGUCUUCAGGUUCCUGUACCUCCUCCCCGAUGGUCGUACCAAAAAGAUUGUCAGCCAUCACUCUCUCGAUUUUGCUCAGGAGCUAUUCACUAAAUUUCCACUAAAACUUUUGUCACUGGAUGACAUUUGUUCUACAACAGGUUUGGUCUUUCUGACCCAUAGCUGGUUGUCAUAGUUUGCUUUGGGCCUAAGUGACCUUACAAAUGAAAUGUAAAGAGGAACAUUUUAAGCCAAGCUGUCUGUGCUUCUGCGUUCAGACAGCCGCAUGUGUAUUCAAAAAUUAGGGGGCUGCUAAAUACUGGCCUUUCCACCUUAUCAUUUAAAUUUUCUAAAAUAUUUUCUUAAGAAAAUACUUUUCAAAAUCAAUAAUAAUUCUACAUUUGUGCAUGUAUUAGCUGCACUUGAGAUUUAGUAAGAGUGACGUCAUUUAUUCUGCUGAAGCCAGGUUGCGCAGUCUUUCACAGUGGUGUUCUGAGUAAACCUUGCAAACCUUUAUCACCCAAACUCUGCAGUCAAGAUUUGCUAAGCACACGGUCACCAUGUUAAGGCUUACACAGGCCUAUUCCAAUUGUUUACACAGUUUGUAGCCAUGAGGAGGCAGCAGUACAACACACAGCCUACUGCUCUCAAUGAGCAAGCCAAAAAUGAGGUUGAUCUUGUCUGACAUCAUCAAUUAUAAAUACUAGCUUUUAGACAAGUUAAAUUUCUAUAACUUUAGUGUCAAUUCCUGCAAACUGAAGGAAAGUCUCACCAUCCUAUCAUUAGCUUGCUUAGAACCUUUAUUUAUUAAUUAUGGACAGUGGGAUUCGUACCUUGAGUUUGGGAAUCCCAAGACCUCCAUCCCUGUUCCUAGAAUAUAAAAUACCAUUACUAAUGCACAUCAGGAGAUAGAGGUAUUCCUAAUCUUGAUUCCUAAUAUUGGGUGCAAUAAUCUUAAUUAUGUUUACAGAAUAUUGUCUUUCCUAUUUGGUGUUCUGCUUAAUGGUAUCAAAGUAUUUACUAUGGGACAUGCACUUCUUGACUGGCCAUGAAAUGUUUAAACUGUUUUACCAAUUUUUUAAUAUAAAUUACAUUGAGUAGGUUUACAUAAUUUUAUUUAGCUUUUAUGUUUUUAAGCAUUUGAAUAAUUAGCAUCUUUGUAUUGUGUCAAAUCUACCAAAAAAGUAAAAGACUUGUUCAUUGCCAAAAGAAAACAGGUGAAAGCACUAAACUGGCACAAGAAUUUUGCACAAUACAACCAGCCUUCACUCAGACUUAAGCCUGUGCAGCCACUCAACAUUAUACUUAGGUGUUUUACCGCUUAUGAAUAUGUUAUAAGGCUGCUAAAGGAAACAAGAAAAUGUGAUAAAAUUUGAAGUGCAUUCAUUAGCCUACUCUUUGUAAUCACGUAUUAAACUAAAACCUAAAUAAAAGUAUUUGGAACUGAGA